CUGAAUCUUGAAGUCGCUGAUCAUGAGGCUGUCGUUGGCAUGCUUUCCAACGGUGGCUCCGUGAAGUAGUCUACAAUUUUAGCCACCAAGUCAGCGUAAAUUCUUAUGAUGAAAGAAUAUGCACAGCCUUGGAAACAUUUCAUGACCGCAGACGUUCACGCACGGACGAGGACCCCUACCCUCCCCGAAAUCUUCAUAGAAGCCGCAGCCCCCGCCCAGAUCUCUUGCGGCGAGGUCUACGACCAGCCCCCAGCCCUUAAAAGAACCAGCAACAGACGGACAAAUCUUGCCACGCCCCCAACUUGCCAGAUUUUCAUCACCAUGUCCGACAAAAAACAAGGCGGCAAUACUGAACGAAAAAGCGAUAGCCCAAACAGCACGACUCCAAACCUGUCCUCUCCCAAUCAUCCGAAGCUUUACAUCACCAUUGUGCUCGUGCUCUUGCUUCUCCUUGUCGCCUACGUCAUACGAUACGAGCCGAUUUGCAUUUUCACCUGCGCGCCUCUCUUCUCCCCAAAACGGCAUUACCCAACGAGGGUGGAAAUGACUGAGAUUUGCGGAUCACCGAUCAAGAUCGACGAGCCUCAUUGCAUGACCGUACCCGUGGUGGUUCCUAUAAUCGCCUAGUCAACACAUGGCAGUGCUGGACCGUGCUGCACGGCUUCCAAUGCGUACAGCAGAGGGUCGUAUGAAUGGCAGAGCUUUUUGGCUCGGUAUCGGUUUACAUGUACAAAGUGUAGGCAUGUCCAAGGCUAGGUCUGCUACUUUCGAAUACAUGGGACAAGUGAACGAAGACGGUUGAUCGAAUGUGCUGUAAGGCCUGGGGAAGGAACAGUGUCCUGCUGUGUGAUGUUGUGGUAUUUCAGCACGCCAGUGAAUCGAACAGCUUCCGCACGGUUUGAGCCGAUAAGUUUGGUGUAUGACGAUCUGGUAGACUGUGGCCGUUACACGUUGGCCCUGCGAGCAAUGGGUGUGCGACAGGGAGUCGACGACCAAUAUGACGCGAGUAUGAAUGGCCCUCAAUGCUGCCAAUGGCUCAG